UGUUCUUCCUUCUUUACUUUUCACCUGUGGACAACAUAUUGUGUUCUUCUGAAGGCCAUGUCGGGCAUAGACAACAGAGGUAAACCAGAUAGAGGUGACCAGGUAGAUGCCUCUAAAUCAAGUCCAAAGAGCAACUCCAAAAGGUCUCAUUCUGUUCCUAGUGAGUCUACCAAAAGUGAUGCAGUAUCCAAUUCAUUUGCAUAUAGCAUGGACUACCCUGAGAUUGGGAAAUGUGUCAUCAUCAACAACAAGUAUUUUCAUGAAUCCACAAUGAUGUCUGAGCGUCAUGGAACAGAUCUGGAUGCUGAAAAAGUGCUGAAAGUCUUCAAACUGCUGGGCUUUAAAUGCACUAUCCGCCAGAACCAAAGUGUUUCAAAAAUGAAGGAGCUUUUCAAAUUAGUGUCCCAGGAGGAUCACAGCAAGUCAGCCAUGUUUGUAUGUGUGUUGCUGAGUCAUGGGGAUGAAGAUGUUAUCUAUGGCACUGAUGGAUGUAUUAAGCUCAGUGAGCUGACUGGGCUGUUCAGAGGAGACCAGUGUCUUUCACUAGUUGGCAAACCUAAACUGUUCUUCAUACAGGCCUGUCGGGGAUCAAACUUGGACCCUGGUAUUGAGACAGAUAGUGUUUGUGAUUCAGAGAGCACACAGAGGAUUCCUGUUGAAGCUGACUUCUUGUAUGCAUACUCCACUGCUCCAGGUUAUUAUGCUUGGAGAAACACAGCCAAUGGGUCCUGGUUCAUUUCUGCCCUGUGUGACAUGUUAACCAAGUAUGGCAGAGAGCUGGAGCUUUUGCAGCUCAUGACACGUGUGAACCACAAGGUGGCGAUGGAGUUCCAGUCUUCUUCAACCCUCCCUGGUUUCCACGGAAUGAAACAAAUCCCAUGCAUAGUGUCCAUGCUGACCAAAGAGCUGUACUUUCCAAAAUGAUUGUUCCACUUUUAUGUAAAAAUGUAAUGUAGGCUUAAAAGAGAGUAUUGUUGACAAAUAGUAAUAAUAUAUGUUUAAAUGGUAGACAGUACACAGCAGUUUACAUUACUGAGGCUGGCACAAGCCAAAACACAGCUUCAGUUACAUUUUGUUCUCCUAAUUAUACGUAUAGAGCAUUAAAGAGAUUAUUAGCAAUACCUGCCUGUAUUAAGUUUAAGAGUUCAACAUCAAUAUACUGAACUAACUGUGGCAAGUACACGACAGAUUUACUCUAU